GGGUGUCACCAUGAAUGUAUUCAAGUAAGUCUAGAAGAAAACCUACUCCAGUAGAAAUUUGCAAAAUCACGAUGAUCGAUUAUUGUUUUAUUUCCAAACUUUUCACUGUUACAAGUUAAAUCCACCGAAAACUGCAUUUCGCUCCCAAUUCCGUCGAUUCGCAGGUAUGAAUGCGCUUGUAGUGAACCCUGUGUAAACAAGCAUACAGUAUUUGCGCGCGUCGUCUGUCGGUCUUUAAUAAAAACAUUGACACCGAGUUGGUUGUAAACAGAGUUGAGUCUGUUCAAUCAACGAAUUGUAAAUUCGUUUAAUGUUCUCAAUUGUUUCCAUAUAAAAUUGUUAAAGACUGAACUGUAUUAAUCGAUUGCCAGAAUUGUAAAUGUGGCUAAAAUCAUUUUUAAGUUUUAAACGCCAAUAGAAUUGUAUUAAAAUGGAUGUUUUAAGUGAAGAUAGUCGUUCGGAUUUCGAGACAAAAAGCAAUCAGACUGCCGACGAUAAUGGACGCAUAGACGAAAGACCAAUGGGGAAUUGCUACUGCGGUAAAGACCGAAAUUUAAAUAUCCUUGAAUUGCUGUGCGCAACAUGCUAUCGCUGGUUCCACGAAUCAUGUAUCGGAUUUCAAAUGGGCAAAUUAAUUCCGUUUGCAACGAAUUAUAUCUUCUUUUGCAAGAAUUGCUCACCCACCGGGUUGGAGAGCUUCCGUAAAUGUCAAGCAACCAUAUCACAAAUGUGUGUGACAGCGAUUGCAAAUUUGCAACAACAGCAUCAAAAGAAAGGCAAACUCAAGUAUCUCUUUGAUAAGGAUGCCGAUAUAAUUCCGUAUAUGGAACAGUAUUGGGAGUCAAUGACAACGAUGCCCCGGCGUGUAACACAAUCAUGGUAUAGCACGGUGCAAAAGACAUUACUAAAGGAUAAUGCUGUGUUCACUUUCGAAGAUGGUCAGCAAAUGUUUGGAUUAGUCACAAAUGAUCUCACAGUAAUCAAACCAAAUUACGAAGCAAUGGUUAAAGGCGGAACACUUCGAGUCACCGAUGACGGUUAUGCACAAGCAAGUUUAACAAAAGGUAGACCGAACAAACGAAAAUUGCCUGGAGGUGAUCAAGGGCCAACGGGUAAAAAAGGACGACCCAGUUCCGAUAUCACAGCAAAUGUCAAGUUGCCAGCACAUGGUUAUCCAUUGGAGCAUCCGUUCAACAAAGAUGGAUAUCGAUAUAUUCUCGCUGAACCGGAUCCGCAUGCACCAUUCCGACAAGAAUUUGAUGAAAGUGCCGACUGGGCGGGUAAGCCGAUUCCCGGCUGGCUCUAUCGAUCACUUACACCCAACUCGGUUCUGUUGGCACUUCAUGAUCGUGCACCUCAGCUAAAAGUGGCCGAAGAUCGACUGGCUGUGACCGGCGAAAAAGGAUAUUGCAUGAUUCGUGCUUCUCAUUUUGUCACAAGAGGAAAUUGGUACUUCGAGGUAACCAUUGAAGAAAUGCCAGAAGGUGCAGCAACACGAAUCGGAUGGGGUCAAGAGUAUGCCAAUUUACAAGCACCAUUGGGCUAUGACAAGUUUGGAUACUCAUGGCGAUCGCGUAAGGGUACUAAAUUCCAUGAAUCAUGCGGAAAGACAUGCAGCCCUGAUGGUUACAGUGAAGGCGAUACGCUUGGCUUUUUGAUAUGCCUACCAGAGACUGGGCCGAAUAGAGAUUACAUGCCGAACACAUUCAAAGAUCGGCCGCUGGUGAAAUUCAAGAGCCAUCUGUACUAUGAGGACAAGGAUAAAAUAACCGAAGCGUUGAAAAAUCUGAAAACAGUGCCCGGCAGCAAGAUACUUUUCUUUAAGAAUGGGAAAUCUCAGGGAGUAGCAUUUGAAAAUAUUAACGGUGGUGCCUAUUAUCCAGCCAUUUCAAUUUACAAAAACGCAACCGUAAGCGUUAACUUUGGACCAAGUUUCAAAUAUCCAGAAAUUGAACAACGAUUCAAGUGCAAAGGGAUGUGCGAUCGAGUGGAAGAGCUGAUUUGCGAGCAGUCACUGGCCGACAUGGUCUAUUUCUCGGAUAACGAUGGCAAAUUGCGGCUGGAUACAUUUAAUUUAUAAGGAACAAUUUUGAAUUUCAAUGAGAUAUAUGUAUAGACAAAUGUUCAGUGUAUAAGAUCAAAAUAAAAACAAAAUUGAACAAA